AUGUCAGCUAGCAAGCUCAACCCGCCAGAUCACCCGCUGCAUGACCCGGAGCAUGACGCAUUCAGGACAAUUCCCCCGCGCUCCGACUACUUGGAUGCGCAGUACUGGAUCGGGAUGCAACAGCCCUUCAUCCUCGUUCUGUGCGAUCAAUGCUCCUGUGCGGAGCCUGAGGUCCCUCCUGGCCCCUUGGACGACCGGGAGACCAAGAGCAAGAUAGACAAGGAGUUUGUCUCUAUCGCCAUCCCGGCCUUCAUUCAGUUUGCGUCGGAGCCUCUUGCCAGCCUCGUCAACACGAUGUACCUCGGACGACUAGGCGCUGUGGCACUCGGAGCAGCAGGGAUCGCAAUCAGCGCACAAUACUCGGUUUCCAAGUUGUACAAUGAUCCCCUGCUAAGAACGUCGAUUUCUCUCGUGGAACUCUCCAACCGAGUCAGCGCAGCGCUCCUUCUUGCCUUCUGCAUCGGAAUCAUUCAGGCUGCUGUCUUCGGGUUGUUCAGCGAAAGGAUCAUCGAGCUCAUGGGAGUCAGCAGGUCGGCUGAAAUGUUCCUUCCUGCGAUCGCUUUCCUCAAGGUGAAGUCGCUGGGAGCACCGGGCAUGACUCUUUGGCUGGUGUCCAACGGGAUCUUCAGGGGGCUGGGGGAUACCGUGACACCUCUCAAGUGGGCAUCUAUCUUCACGCUGCUCAACGCCGUGCUCGAUCCCUUCUUCAUCUUCACGCUGAACUUGGGGUGCCCCGGGGCUGCGAUGGGAACUGUUGCAGCGCAGUACAUAGCAGUGAUCCCGUUGCUGCUGAAACUGCACGAGAAGUUCCAUCUUCAGUUCUCCCUCUCCAGCCUCAGGAGCUCCCUCACCAGCUACCUGAGCUCCGGCUCCUUCGUGUUCAUCCGCACCAUCGGCAAAGUCCUGACCUACUUCGUGUGCUCCCGGGAGGCAGCUCUACUUGGAACAGUUUCAUCAGCAGCUUACAACAUCUGCUUUCAACUUGGAACAGCAACAACUCAGAUCUGCGAAUCGAUCUCUGUCGCAUCCCAGUCCAUUCUUGCCCGAGAGUCGACCAAAGAUGACGUGCGAAGCCUCUUCACCUUCUUGAAUCAGCGACAUGUCCUGCAAGGGCUGACUACAGAUGCAUCGGUGCAGGCGGCUGCCGCAACCAUCAUGCCACUUGUGCUAUGGACACAAGUCAGCAAGGGGAUGGCUUACCCGGUGAAUGGAAUGAUCAUGGGGGCUAUGGAUUGGAAGUUCUUGUCGGCCUCCAUGUAG